UGUCUGUCUGUCUGGGAAUGUAUAAUGGCUAACUCCGGUACUUACAGAAAUGGUGAUAAUAGUAAAAGAGGAGCUAUGAAGCUGGAUAAAACUCUCUCCUGGAAUUCUUCUCCAAAGUCUGUUGCUUCGUCUUCCUCAAAAUCCAAACCACCUCGCCGUUCCAACACUGGUUUGCUCGUUGGCUCUCCCAAGAACGACGCUGGAGUCUAUGGAAGAGUUCGGGUUGCUGUAAGAUUAAGACCCCGGAAUGCAGAGGAGUUGGUAGCUGAUAAUGAUUUUGCUGAUUGUGUAGAAUUACAGCCAGAGCUGAAAAGGUUAAAACUGCAAAGAAACAAUUGGGAUUCAGAUACUUAUGAGUUUGAUGAAGUGCUUACUGAAUUUGCUUCACAGAAGCGUGUAUACGAAGUUGUGGCAAAGCCUGUGGUUGAGAGUGUUCUAGAUGGUUACAAUGGAACUGUCAUGGCCUAUGGGCAGACUGGUACGGGAAAAACCUACACAAUGGGAAGACUGGGAGAAAAAAACACAUCUGGUCGUGGAAUAAUGGUGCGUGCUAUGGAGGACAUCAUGGCUGGAAUUUCUCUUGAAACUGAUUCUGUUAGCAUCUCCUACUUGCAGCUUUAUAUGGAGACUCUCCAAGACCUUCUCGAUCCUGCUAAUGACAACAUAUCCAUUACGGAAGAUCCAAGCACUGGAGAUGUUUCUUUACCUGGGGCAACUCUCAUAGAUAUCAGGGAUCGAGAAAGUUUCAUUAAACUUCUACAACUAGGGGAAGCUCACCGUUUUGCUGCUAACACAAAGUUGAAUACAGAGUCUUCUCGUAGUCAUGCCAUUUUGAUGGUUCACGUUAAAAGAUCUGUCAAAGGAAAAGAUUCUGAUCUUGCAAGCGAAAAUGGUAACACAUCCAACAUGUUUAAAGUUAAGCCUCCUAUUGUUCAGAAAGGAAAGCUCGUUGUUGUAGAUCUUGCUGGCUCAGAGAGAAUAGAUAAAUCAGGAAGUGAGGGGCACACAUUAGAAGAGGCCAAGUCUAUCAAUUUAUCAUUGAGUGCGUUGGGUAAAUGCAUCAAUGCUCUGGCUGAAAAUAAGGCACAUGUUCCAAUACGUGAUUCAAAGCUUACAAGAUUGCUUCGUGAUUCAUUUGGAGGAACUGCAAGAACCUCUCUAGUUGUUACCAUUGGCCCCUCCCCACGCCAUCGAGGUGAAACUGCAAGCACCAUAUUGUUUGGUCAAAGAGCUAUGAAGGUGGAAAAUAUGCUGAAAAUAAAGGAAGAGUUUGAUUACAAGAGCUUGUCCAGAAGACUUAAUAUACAGUUGGAGAAACUUGUUGCUGAAAAUGAAAGGCAGCAAAAAUCUUUUCAGGAUGAAAUUGAACGGAUAGCGAUAGAGGCACGGGAACGUAUUUCUGAGGCUGAAAAGAAUUAUGCUAAUGCCUUGGAGACAGAAAAAGCAAAAUAUCAGAGGGACUAUAGGGAGUCACUAAGGAAGCUGGAAGAGCAAUGGUCACAAGACCAGAAACUACAUGGCGGUGGGAAAACCAAAAAAGAAAGUCAAACUAAGGGUCCUGACAAGGCAUCUAGAGAGGAGGCUCCCAAAGGGUCUUCUGCAGAAGUAACAGAAUUCAAAAGAUUGCUUGAAAGUGAAACACUUCUAAGAAAGGCUGCAGAAGAGGAAGUCAAUAACCUAAAGACUCAAGUAAUGCAAUGCAGAAGGUCGGAGGCCUCCGCGAAUUCCGAGAUCUUAAAGCUUCGCAAGUUGCUUGAAGACGAGGCAUGUCAGAAAAGAAGACUUGAAGAAGAAACUGCUGAAUUACAAAGUCAAUUGCUACAAUUGAGUUCUGAACUUGAUCAGACUGGAAGGAGACUUGAUGGAAGUGAAUCUGAGACAUUUCAAGGUGGUCUGGAUUCUCUCAUGUCACAAGUUAGAGAUUCACAAAAGAGGGAAUCUGUGGGUGGUGAGAAGGCCUCUGUAGCAAAGCUUUUUGAGCAAGUUGGACUACAGAAGAUUUUGUCAUUACUCGAAGCUGACGAUGCUGAUGUGCGAAUUCAUGCUGUCAAAGUAGUGGCGAAUCUGGCUGCUGAAGAAACCAAUCAACAAAAAAUUGUAGAAGCUGGUGGCCUAACAUCCUUAAUGGGUCUUCUUACAAGUUCUGAUGAUGAGACCAUUCACAGAGUUGCUGCUGGUGCAAUUGCAAAUCUUGCAAUGAAUGAAACUAACCAGGAACUUAUAAUGGUUCAAGGAGGUGUUAGAUUGUUGUCCUUGACAGCUGCCAAUGCUAGGGAUCCUCAGACUCUUCGCAUGGUUGCUGGAGCCAUAGCUAAUCUUUGUGGCAAUGAUAAGUUGCAGGCGAAAUUAAGAGCUGAAGGUGGUCUUAAGGCAUUACUAGAGAUGGUCAAAUCCAGGCAUCCUGAUGUUCUUGCUCAAGUUGCCCGAGGCAUUGCAAAUUUUGCAAAAUGCGAGUCCAGGGCAUCUUCUCAAGGUAGCAAGAGUGGGAAGUCUCUGCUGAUUGAGGACAAUGCACUUCCAUGGAUCAUGAAAAAUGCUAACAAUGAUGGUUCCCCUAUUAAGCGUCACAUUGAACUCGCGCUUUGCCACCUGGCACAACAUGAAGUAAAUGCUAAAGACAUGAUUGGGGAAGGUGCAUUAUGGGAGCUAAUUCGAAUUUCCCAAGAGUGUUCAAGAGAGGACAUUAGGACAUUAGCACGAAGAACCUUAACGUCAAGCCCAUCAUUCCAGGGUGAGCUGAAACGCCUGAGGAUAGAAUAUCCAUGGAAUCAUUGAAGAAGAUGGGUGCUGGAUUUUUGGUUAAGGUGUGUGUGUCUUCAUUGCUUGAAGUGAAUUUUCUUAUAAAUUGGGUCAAUUGUGCUUUAGGAAAUUUCAUUUAUUAUUGUUGUUAUGCAUCUAGGUGAGAGGAUAUUUUAUUUUUUACCAUUCUUUGAUCAUGUUAUUGGGUUUAUACAUACUACUUAUUAAUAACUUUCUGAUGUGUAUAUAUUUGGUUUAAGUAAUAGAAAGAGAGACUUUGAGUGCAAAUUGUGAUUU